GUGAGGGAACUGAUCACUCCAUUCAUUCUUAAGCACUCUUCCCCUUUCUGCACCAUAUUGCUCUGCGCAAAUGCUAUUGCUGCUGUCGCUGGCACGUCGUAUUUGAGUCAAGAGGAUCAUCACCCUUGCUGUGUCAUUCGCGCGUGGGCUUCAAGGCUGUCUCGGUGGCCGUGUUCGUCGUCGGACUUGAAUUUAUGUCCCUUCUCCAUGGCAGGCAACGAAACAGAGCACGGGCGACGUGGACGUGAUUUUCCAAGCAGAAGCAGAGAGCGUGAUACAAAGCUAUCGCCGUCGCCUACUGCAGCCGCUCCAUCGAACAGCUCGAGGUACGCCAAGCGUCCACCACGAGACUACUCUCCUCGAUCUGCACGCCCGUACGACCAGCGCCCGUAUUCAGAUCGACCUCCUCCAGCUCGAAGACCACAGUCGCCCGACCCAUACCCGCAAAGACGACGUUCCCGUUCGGUCGAAUCUCGCUACAGCUCGCGCCAACCCAGAUAUCCGUCUGACAGGGACCGCUACAACGACCGUAGCCGAUACUCGCCUCCACCAAACAGAGGUUAUCGUACAUCGGGUCCCUCGUCUCGUGGUCGUCCUGACAAUAGUUACGCUUCUCGUCACAGCAAACCUCCUGCACGCUCGCCUCCUCGUGAAGCCCGACGCUCUGACUCCCCAUCUGACGACCUCAUAUCGCAGCUGGCGACUACUGCACGACCUGAAGAAGCAAAGUCUAGUAGACGUCGAGGUCCUUCGGUGCAUUCUCGUCGCUCUUCAAGGUCGCCUCGACCCGACGCUCGUCGACCAUACAGGCAAGACCCACCUCGCUACCGUGAAAGAGAGAGGGAAAGAGACAGGGAUUACGCGAGAGACUACGACAGAGAUUACGGACGCAGCCGGGACUACGGCCGAGGAGGUCGUCGUGACUACGGAAGAGACUACGACAGAAGAGAACGCUAUCGCGACGAGCGCGAUCCAGACGCCAUGUACAAUAGAGGCGGCCCUCCUCGGCAGCCCAUGCCUCGUCCGUACGUAGACCCUCGCUACUCCCAGUCACCGCAAUACCCUCCUCCCGGACCAUCUCCACCGCACGGCCAAUCUCCAUAUGGUCGUGCUUCUCCAACUCACGCUGCCUAUUCGGCUGCUGCCUCACCUUAUUACCAGCAGAAUUAUCCACCUCCAGCCGCAAGUCCUUAUUAUCAAGCACAGCAACCCCCACCACAUUAUGCCGCCCCGCCCCCAGCGUCAGCAUACCCACCUCAAACCUCGUAUCGCGGCCAUCCCUCGCGGGGAUACAAUGGCUCACAACGACCGCCCGCUCCUAUUCAAGCACCUGCUGCUCCUGCUAGUAGAGGAGGUCGUGGUGGUCAUUUCUCCAAUCUGUCUUGGACUCCAUCAAGUGGUAGCAGAGGUGGGAAGGUGCUUUCUAAACGGGAGACUAGCAUAUCCGGCACCGAAACCCCUCUCGCGCCUGGUUCAAAGACCGAGUCUGUCGAUGACGAUGACAAUCCGUUCAGGCCGCCCAAGGACUUGCGAGCCGAGGAUGAAAGCGACAAGAGAAAAUCAGGCAUCAGCUUCUCUAUCAAAGGAAUGGCCGGAAGAAGUGAUCCUUUAGCACCUCACAAACCAGCUCCGUUGGCUGCGCCUCGCACAAGGAAGGAAAUCGUUGUUCGCAAACGACUGAAGCCCAAGCCAAAAUUGACAGGAGACUUCGCUACCUCGGAUUCGGUCUACUAUCGCAAGACUGGCAACGAGUCAGUCGUCGGGUCUGGUACGUACGGCAAGGUGUACAAGGCUGUGCAUGUCUACACUGGAGACAAAGUCGCUCUCAAAAAGAUAAGAAUGGAAGGCGAGCGCGAUGGCUUCCCGGUGACGGCAAUCCGUGAAAUCAAGCUUCUGCAAUCUCUCAACCAUAUCAAUGUGGUUCAGUUGCAAGAAGUCAUGGUUGAGCGCAACGACUGUUUCAUGAUCUUUGAGUAUCUGUCUCACGAUUUGACUGGUUUGUUGAAUCAUCCGUCAUUCGUGCUGACUGAAGGACACAAANAGNAUCUUGCAAAGCAACUGUUUGAAGGACUCGAUUACCUCCACAAGCGUGGCGUACUUCAUCGCGACAUCAAGGCAGCGAACAUUCUCGUGUCUCGCAAUGGUGAAUUGAAGUUGGCCGACUUUGGUCUUGCGCGCUUCUACAACAAGAAUGCAAAACGAAAGCAGGACUAUACCAACAGAGUCAUCACCAUCUGGUACCGCUCGCCUGAGCUGUUGUUGGGAGAGACACAGUACGGACCUGCGGUCGAUAUCUGGUCAGCGGCUUGUGUCUUGGUCGAGAUCUUCACCAAGCACGCCAUCUUUCCAGGAGAUGGUGGUGAGAUUAACCAGCUCGACAAGAUUUACAACGUUCUCGGCACGCCUUCGAGGUCCAACUGGCCAGGGAUAGUAGACCUGGCUUGGUAUGAGCUUUUACGGCCAGCGCAUAAGGUGCCCUCGACAUUUGCCGAGAAGUACCAAGAACGCGUAUCAUCGGCAGCGUUUGAUCUCUUGAGCGCCAUGUUUGUCUUUGACCCUGACACUAGGCCUACGGCGAGCGACGUAUUGGAGCAUCCAUAUUUCAUGACGGAGGAACCAAAAGCGAGCAAGGUGGUGGAGUUGAAAGAUCUGGAAGGUGACUGGCACGAAUUCGAGAGCAAGGCAUUGCGCAAGGAGAAGGAGCGUGAAGCGAGAAGAAAGGACAAGGAAAGUGCCGAGAAGCGUAAGCUCGAGGGACCAGUAGGCGAUGAAAGAGAGCUCAAGAGGGCGAAGACUGGUGAUGCACAGGCAUAG